AUGGGGCCCCCGGGCAAUAGGGGAUCAUGGGGCCCCUGUGUCCUUGCCCAAACUCAAGAAAGCCUAUGAAAAAGUAAGCUCUGUGAGUGUGCGUCACUGUAAUCACACUGUGCACAGCCAUCCAAAGCAAUAUGCAUGGGCUGACAGGGAGGAGAACAGUAUUGUUUACAUACAGUCAGGGGCGGACUGACAACUCAUGGGGCCCCCGGGCAAUAGGGGAUCAUGGGGUUCUGUGUCCUUGCCCAAACUCAAAAAAGCCUAUGAAAAAGGUACCAGGGACAUCUCAUGGGGCCUCCUACUGACCCCGGGCCCACGGGCAGUGCUCGAGUUUCCAAAUGGUCAGUCCGCCCCUGC